AUGGCGUCACAACAUCGACGCCAGUCGUCGUAUGAAGACGUCUUCGAUCUCCCUGGACAGUCUCAGAUGCCGGCACAACCCCACCAGCAUCAUCAAACUUCCUUCGAAAAUGGGAUUGAUUUCUCUGCCGAAGAGCCUCUGACUGUAGAUCAGCGGUCUCACGCUCACAGGAGGUUCGAGAAGGCCAUCGAAUACUUCGGCAAUCACGUCAGCUCCAGUGCAAAAUUCAAACCUCACCUGCUGAUUCGCUAUACAUAUGAAUUUGCACGGUCUGAGCUAUCGAAAGAUAUGAUACUACGUUUCUUCUUCGCCUCUAUAAAGAUAGACAUCGACAGCACUGAGGAUAUUGAGUUAAAUGAUAGUUUACUUCACGAGCUGAAGGAUUUUGCAGACCUGCUUUUAAAUCAUUUCUUUGCUCCGUGUAAGCUUUGCCCGAUUAAACUAAACCCCUUGGUUCCUGCUGCUGACGCUGUUUUUGCAGUGAGGUCAACUGGCACGAUAACCCCACAACCUUCCCCUGCUAGUCUUUCGGCACUUCAAAGAGUACAAGGACAACAUGAGUUCAUAGGCACACCUGAUCGAAUUGCAGGCCUCCGCAGUCUAUGCUUGUUACGCGAUCACCACAAAUGCGUGGUUUCGCAGUCUUUUGACCUUAAAGAGGCAAUCAGUCGCCUGUCAAAUGACCCAGAUGCUCGAGACGAUGAGGGAAUGCAGCUUAGGGGCCAAUCGUUAUAUGCGUUAGAGGUGGCUCAUAUCAUUCCCCAUUCUCUAAUGCAAUCAGACACGAGUUCUGGUUUGUCCGAAGCCAAGAAGACCGUAAUCCAGAUAUUGAAUAUGUUUGACUAUAACGUUAGUCACAUCAUCAAUGGCACUGACAUCGACAGGCCGCUCAAUGCUAUGAGCCUUAACUCAACAGCCCAUCUUCUAUUCAAAAGUUUCGACAUCUUUCUGGAACCUGUUGAUGGCCAGGAACAUACAUACUAUGUCAAAAGUCUGAAGCCAGCCGUAUCAAUGGCGUUUGGCCUCCCUGUGACACGCAAACUCUUUCUCAGUGAUGACCGGUCGAUCGAGCCUCCUUCACCUCGACUCCUUGCUUUGCACCGUGCCUUUGCUCAUAUCCUUUUCUUAUCUGGAGCCGGUGAGUAUAUAAACAAGAUUCUGGAUGAUUUUGAUAAAACGGGAGUUCGAGCCGAUGGUACCACAGAGUUGGGACGGAUGGUAAGCUGGAGAAUGAGCGGUGGUCUGGGAGGUAUAACUGUAUGA